AGGGUUUGCCAUCGUCAGUUCCUAGGUUCUGCAGUUUAGGCUGGCUAUCCGCUCCUACUCUUCACCGUUCGCCUAUCCAUGUUGCGUUCGCCUAGGUGUGUCUUUGUCGGCAACAUCCCUUACGAUACGACCGAGGAACAGCUCCGCCAGAUCUGUGAGGAGGUCGGACCCGUGGUUUCCUUUCGGUAUGUGAAAGCAGGAUCGUCCGAUCCAAUCACCGCGAUCGUGCGAGAUAUCCGUCUGUAUGGUUUCGGUGCUUCUGGUUUCCAUGUUGCUUUCGGUGUCUCUCUUGCUAUCAUAUUGCUGGUGACCGAUAGGGAGAGCGGCAAGCCCAAGGGGUACGGUUUUUGCGAGUACAGGGACGAGGAGACAGCUCAGAGCGCGAGGAGGAACCUCAACGGCUACGACAUCAACGGCCGGCAGCUCAGGGUCGACUUCGCUGACAGCGACAAGAGCGGCCAAGGGGGUAAAGGAGGACCUAGCGGUCCAGGCUCUCAAGGCUACGGGUCAUCUCAACCACAGCAACAGCAGCAGUUUCAGGGAUACGACAGCGACCCUGCCAAAUCUCAAUCGCAGCACCACCCGGGCCGGCACCCCUACCAGCAGCAGCAGCAGCAGCAGCACCGCCGCUCUCCCCAACCAGACCCUUCCCUAUCCCAGCAGUUCCCGCCUGGGCCCUCUUUAGAGUCACUCACCCAGCCGAUCGGGUUCUCUGCAGCGGUAGACGCAGCUUUCUUUGUGGCACACGCGCUCGGAGCGCCGCCACCAGCUGUAACGAGGAAGGGAGAUAUGGCCAUGCAGGGUGGUGGUGGGGAUGGUGCUGCUGCUGCUGGUGCGGAUUCAGCAGAUCCGCUGACCAAUCAGCUGGCAGGGAUGUCGAAGCAGCAGCUAUAUGACCUGUUAGCGCAGAUGAAGGUGUUGAUUCAGACCAACCGGUCUCAAGCACGAGCCAUUCUGGUUGAGAACCCUCAGCUGGCGAAAGGCCUCUUCCAGGCCCAAGUUAUGCUGGGGAUGGUCAAGGCAACUAGUGCUUCAGCACCAGAACCAGGACCACAACCACCAGCCGCCUCAUCUCAACAGCGGCCUCAGGGGGGUCCGCCUCUUCCCCAAGGCCCCCCUCCGCCCCACCAUGGUCGGCAGGAGAUGAGGGGAAGGGGAGGGGGGUAUGGUCGCCCACACGCCUAUCAGGAUCAAGGCCAGCCUCCAAUGGACCCCUACAGUCAGCCUCAGUUUAUGGAUCAGGAGCCGCAGCAGCAGCAUAUGCCGCCCCGACCCCACUGGCAGCAGCAGCCACUCCCCCCCACCGGUCCACCCCCCCCUCCCCCCAGACGGCCCCCUCUAUCCCUCCGAUGGCCCCCCACUCCCCCCCCAUCCUCCCUCCGCUGCCCCAGCAGCAGCGCCUGGGGGCGGGGGGGGUUACAUGGAUGCCCCCUCAGGGGGGGCUUUAAGGGGAAUGGCGAGGGGGGCGAGGGGAGGGGAGAUGGGGGGGAUGGGCGGAGGGGGGAUGGGGGGUGGGGGGAUGAGAGGGAUGGGGGGCGGGCCUGGGUAUGGGCCUGGGGGAGGGGGAGGAGGGGGGGGUGGGGGAGGUUAUGGUAGGGGGGGGAUGCCAGAACCACCACUGCCACCCGCUGCUGCUCCUGCUGCUCCUGAGCCUGUAUUGGACGUGGAGCAACAGAAGGCGCUCCUGGCUCAAGUGAUGAGCCUAACACCUGAGCAGGUGAACGCGCUCCCACCUGACCAACGUGCCCAGGUGCUGCAGCUGCAGCAGGCGCUGGGCAGGUGAAAACUCUGCAAUGCAUCCAGCCUCCACCUGGGCGGAUGAAAACUUAGUGUUUUGGGCAGAUGAGUAUCGUACUGAUGACAGCAGUCGCUGAGUUGAGUUGGAUGCGAGCACCUGCCCUCAGGAUGCUGUGCAUGUUACAACAAUGCUCAGUACAGGUGCUCUCUGAAAAUGCAGUUCACUUCCAUCCAUCAUAACCACAUUGAGGGCACCAUUAGAUUGCAUGUAGAGAACAAAAACACUAAAUUGUUAUUUUGUAU